UAAGGAAUGAGGCCAUCUCGCCAUUUAUUUAUUUAUUUGUCCGUUGUUUUGUUUUUAAAUCUGUGAUGCGCCAUCAGAAAAUGAUUUCUGCCUCUGCCCCUGGCGUGGCUUUCGGAGAUGCUUGUCUGUCAGCCAAUGGAGAGGACCGGAUUCUGGCAGGGGGCUGUGCCUUUCGGUCAGGCCGCCACCCCCCACCCCCUCCUCCCUGCACACAAAAGCAGCAUAAAUUAACUGUCUUCGGGAAGCCGAGCCUCUGCCAGCCGUGAGCUGGGAAGAAGCAGCUACCUCCGAGGCAGGGCGCGCAGGCGGGUGGCGAUGAGAGCGGGCGCAGCCGCAGCCCCGCGAGGGGGAGCCCACCGCUAACCCUGCACCCCACCCACCCCUGCACAAAAGAGCUGGCGGGCGCUGGCCACGUCGCCCUGGGUGACCUUCCUCGGAUGCAGAAUCCGUCCCUGCGAGCAUCUUCCUCCUCCCAGGCUCUGAAGGCCUGGGGAGCGUGAGCGAUGCCCAGGUGCACCCGGGCAGGGCUCGCCUUUGUUUGCCAGUAAGGAGGAGAGGCUGUCUCAGCUGCAGAGGGGUCACCCCUGCUUCAAGCCGGUGCCUCUUUCCGGCUCCUAUGGGGACCACCGAAGCCACGCUCCGGAUGGAAAACGUGGACGUGAAGGAGGAAUGGCAGGACGAAGACCUUCCCAGGCCACUCCCAGAAGAGACGGGGGUGGAAUUGCUUGGCAGCCCGGUGGAAGACACAUCCUCUCCUCCCAACACGCUAAACUUCAACGGAGCGCAUCGUAAGAGGAAGACGCUGGUGGCCCCAGAUAUCAACAUUUCUCUGGAUCAGAGUGAGGGAUCCCUGCUGUCCGAUGACUUCUUGGAUACCCCUGAUGACCUGGAUAUUAACGUGGAUGACAUCGAGACCCCCGAUGAGACUGACUCGCUGGAGUUCCUGGGGAAUGGCAACGAACUGGAGUGGGAAGAUGACACCCCCGUGGCCACCGCCAAGAACAUGCCCGGGGACAGCGCGGAUCUAUUUGGGGACGGCACGACGGAGGACGGCGGUGCUGCCAAUGGGCGUCUGUGGCGGACGGUGAUCAUCGGGGAGCAAGAACACCGUAUAGACCUGCACAUGAUCCGGCCUUACAUGAAAGUGGUCACCCACGGAGGGUACUAUGGUGAAGGCCUCAACGCCAUCAUCGUCUUCGCAGCCUGCUUCCUUCCAGACAGCAGCCUCCCCGACUACCACUACAUCAUGGAGAACCUCUUCCUGUAUGUCAUCAGCAGCUUAGAGCUCCUGGUGGCUGAGGACUACAUGAUCGUGUACCUGAACGGCGCCACGCCCCGGCGAAGGAUGCCGGGGAUCGGCUGGCUGAAGAAGUGCUACCAGAUGAUCGAUCGGAGAUUGCGGAAAAACCUGAAGUCCUUGAUCAUCGUCCACCCCUCGUGGUUCAUUCGGACUGUGCUGGCCAUCUCUCGCCCUUUCAUCAGCGUCAAGUUCAUCAACAAGAUCCAGUACGUGCACAGCUUGGAAGACCUGGAGCAACUCAUCCCCAUGGAACACGUCCAGAUCCCAGACUGCGUCCUGCAAUACGAAGAGGAAAGACUGAAGGCCAGGAGGGAGAGCGAGGCCCAGCCGGAGUUUGUGAUGCCAGAUCUGAAGAAGCCAGGUGGCACCAGUGGAAAACAGGGCGCCUCGUUUUAUAAAAGGUGUUCUGAGAAUCUGCCCAAGUUCCAGGCUCUGGAGCCGGCCCUGCAGAACUGA